UCCAAUGUAAACCAACUUCGAACAGAUGAACAGUUCACACAUUACCCAUCAAAUCAAUACUUAUGCAGGUGUUGAUUCAGGCAGUGGGUAGAACAAAAUGUCAGCAUCGAUUGUGAUUACCUAGCUUUAUGGUUUCUUAUGGCGACUACUGAUUCUAGGGAACCCAGCGUAGUUUUGGUAACUUGUCCAACCUGUGACCACUCUGUCCCUCAAAACAGAGGGAGUAGGAGAAUCAUUUGUCCAAAAUGUGGAAAUUUUUAUGACCGUGACUCGGCGGUGGAUGAACUUAGGCAGAUCCGACGGGUAAACAGAGAGAAACGAACAUCAAAUGAAAUUAAGGACAGAGAUGAGGAUAAAGAUAAAUCAGGAGGAACUCUGAGUUCCAUUGCCAACUUUUUCCAGAAUUUGGGUCCUAGUCGCAAAGUAAAGCCAGCGGCAUCACAACCUCGUUCUGAUUCACAAACAUCAAGCCACCUGUCUGAGUCUAGCUCAAAGGGUUCAAAUACAGAGUUACCUCCCAUUAACCACUCUCAGACUCCCAGUGGAAAACAGACUCCAUCAUACAAUGUGAAUGGCCCACUCAGUCCUAGAGCAGCGGACAAAGAAAAGUCUGCCGGGAAGGGAGAUAAUCAGCGGGUCAAUACAUGGGCCCAACAAGGGGACACGCACAUCAGUCAGAUCACUGCUAGUACCAACAAUAACAAGCUGGUGUAUCCAGUCCGGACCAAGACUGCAGAACAACUCAAGGAAGAUGUUCUUUUGGCCAAAGAAUGUGGGAAUUGGAAAGUAGUCCAAGAUUUUUAUGCGACUACUUUUGAGUCCUUCCUGGAAAUUAAUGCAACAUUCAAGAGAGAUCCUAGCAAGGAGUAUAAAACAAUUGAAGAGCCUGGCCUGAAGUUUGAGUUGGUGCACAUUGUGUUUGAAGUACUUCAGAAACUGCCACAAGAAAUACAGAAGGUGGUGCUAAAGUCGGUCAUCAACAGUCUACUUAAAGACAAGAGGGACCACGAUAGCAGAAUUCACUGGCCUCAUACAAAGGAUGACCUGAGGGCAUAUUUAGUACUUUUGCAGAACCCCCAGUUCGAAAAUUUCUCAACGUAUGUAAUUUUUGCCCACCUGCUGAGACAGGUUGCUGCCUUAACAGAUCAUGACCACCAUUUUCUUGUUCACUGGAUGAAAGGGUUAAAGAAGCAAGUUUUUCAGAAAAUCAUUAAGAGACUGCAGAACUUUAUCUCGAUACGACUUUUCCCACCAAAACCUCAGGAUCUACCCCCAAUGGUGAAAUGCACCUGGUGGAUUCCAAGCGCCACUAAAGUUUUGGCACUUUUCAAUGCUGCCAACAAUUUGACUAGUCCCACAACUGUGCAAUACACAGACUUCUAUAACCCCAUGCUGGAUCAUCUGGAUUUAAUGGCCGAGUACUACACAUGGCAGAACCCAAGUUCCUGUGCAGGAUUUUCUUUCUGUCAGUACCCAUUUAUUCUGAGCAUCAAUGCCAAGCGAACCAUAUUACAGCGAGACAGUGAGCAGCAGAUGAUAAUAAUGGCCAGGAGAAGUCUUGUAGCCAAGGUACAACGAAGGCAGAUGCCAGAUGUUGGAAUGCUAUUUUUAAAUCUGACGGUGAGGAGAUCUCAUUUAGUCUCGGACUCACUGAAUGAGAUUGCUCGCAAGCAGCAUGAUCUCAAGAAGAAGCUAAAGGUCACAUUUGCAGGAGAACCUGGACUGGAUAUGGGAGGCUUGACCAAGGAGUGGUUUCUUUUGUUAGUCCGGCAGAUCUUCCACUCCGAUUAUGGGAUGUUUACGCAUGACAAAAGAGCCAGUGUCCAUUGGUUCAGUUCUGCACAAUGUGAAAGUUACCAGGAGUUUAACCUUGUGGGUGUUCUAAUGGGCUUAGCAGUGUACAACAGUAUUAUUUUAGACAUUCAUUUCCCUCCAUGCUGUUUUAAGAAGCUUUUGAGUCCAGCAGUGGUGCCUUAUAACAACCCACAAGCCAUGGUUGGUGUCACAACGAUGAGUAUAGAGGACCUCAAAACUGUGCAGCCUGAUGUAGCAAAAGGUUUACAGGACCUUUUAGAAUAUGAUGGUGAUGUUGAAGAUGACUUUGGGCUGAGUUUUCAGGUGUCUGUGACAGAGUUUGGUGUGAUGAAAACUAUUGAUCUCAAACCUAAUGGAUCCAAUAUUCCUGUUAAUAAUGAUAACAGAAAAGAAUAUGUGCAACUGUAUGUGGACUGGAUCCUGAACAAAUCAAUAUAUCACCAGUUCCAAGCCUUCUACCAUGGAUUUCAUAGUGUCUGUGCUUCAAAUGCACUUAUUAUGUUGCGGCCCCAGGAGGUGGAGAUGUUGGUAUGUGGAAACCCCAUCCUGGACAUGAACGAACUACGGAAAGUUACAACCUAUGACGGAUACAGUCCGCAGGAUCAAGUGGUCAAGAAUUUUUGGGAGGUAGUGCUGUCACUGUCGAAUGAACUACAGAAACGUCUCCUGCUGUUUACAACAGGAAGUGACCGUAUUCCCGUUGGUGGAAUGGCUGAAAUGACUUUUAAAAUCACUCGUGUUGGUGGAACAGAUUUGUUGCCUAUGUCCCACACCUGUUUCAAUAUGCUGGUUCUGCCAGCCUACAAAAACAAAAAGACAAUGAAACUCAAGUUGAUUCAUGCCAUUCAAAAUGCAGAGGGCUUUGGAUUGGAAUAAACUAUGCAGGGUAUAUUGGUAAAAGGCUGAUUUCCAUUGGAAAGCAUUUGUAUUCAAUAUCUGGAGUUUUACAGUAAUGUCCAUGUAUCCAAAGCUUGUGAUUAACUUAAAUCAUUCAAGCUACAUGUAAUAUGCUUUACAAAAAGGUCAGUGCACAGGUAUGAACCUUUUUUUUUUUCUUUUUUGUUGUUGAAAGGAUUGGUAUUUUAUUCAGGAAGAAUGGUUGAAAUACUUGAACAGAAAAUACCAGUACAUUGUUUCAUACAUUUUUGUCUUAAUAAUCAAGGUAUUAAGAUUGAAUUUGUUGUGGUGCUGGCACCAGCAAAUGGCAAAGUAUUAUGACAGAAAUGCAUCAGGAAUUAGUGACUGCCAUUAGCAGUGUAAAAACAAUUGUAUUUAACGCCAUCUUAUUUGAUGCAGGAAAAAGUAAACGUGAUAAUUAUGUGCUAUAGAUAUUUUGUAUCGAUCAUAAUAAGUACCAUUAUAUUAAGUGAUUGAUAACAUGACUUUUCAAUAUGAAUUAAAAGAAAUUACAUAUAUGGUAAUAUUGAAAAUAUCAUGUAUCAUUGAUAAAUGUUGGAGCUGGUGUAAUAUUUGAAAUUUAUAAGCUUACAUUUUAAUUCCCUGACAUUCCAUAUCAAUUCAUAAUUAAUGCAUAAUAUUGGUGAGGUAUAGGAAAGUUGAGGGGACAUUUCAGUAUUUUUUGACCAAAUUUAGUUUCCAUAGACAAUCCAUAUUUAGCUAUAUUGCAAAUUUAGUGAUUGUAAUCAUAUCGACUUGCUCAGAUGUAGUAAGUCUUCUAACAUCGACCAGCGACAUAUUAUGAUAUUGAAUUGGAUUAUGGCUCAGCAUUGAAAUGCAAUAUUUCCCCCAAUGAAUACUGGUUAUAUUUUUUAGCAGAAAAAGAUAUUAUAUCUACUUUGCUACAAUUUGUCUCGUUGUUUUGAUUUUGACAGUUUAAGCAACAAACCAGUAGAAUACAAAUGGAGUAAUAUGGACUCACAACCCUAUACACUUUCACAUCACAGGCACCUGAAGUAUGGAUAGCAUGUAUAGAUCUUACGUACACCCCCCCACCCCCUAGUCUGACCAAUGAAAAAAUAAAUUAAUUUAUCCAAAAUAUUUCAUUUUGUAUAAAAAUAUAUUAGUAUCUCACAAGUGGUCAUCUUCAAAGCUUUUAGAAAGUAUAAACUGACUAUGCAGAGUUACUUGUGAAGGUAAUCAGUGGAAAAAUCACUUAUUUUGAAUAAAUCAUUGAUUGUUCUAUAUUUAUUCUUUCCUUGAGUAGGGGGGGGGGGGGGGGGGGGUAUGUACAGUGUACAAAAGAUUUAUACACACUUCAGGUUCCUGUGUUUCACUUUCACAUGGUUGAGCUAAAAUCAUUUACACUCAGAUGUGAUUUGGUAUUAGCUAUUAAGGUAUUUAGUGAGGUCUAUCGAGGUACUUUUCAGCUAUAAAUAAUGAAGAGAGAGAAAAAAUUCAAGGUGUAUGAUUUCAUGCUUUGAAUAGUGCCCUGGAAUCCGAGAGUUCUAAAUCCUUCCCCCUGACACACUUGUCAUUAAGCUGAAACAUUGAGUAGCUUUUCUUCUGAACUACAAUGUACAUGUGCGUGUAUUAGUUGGACUACAUAAUAUUUCUUCAUUAUGUUGAUUUUCAUUAAUAACCGUGUAUGCUAUGAGUUUGCUCUUUUAAAACUUUGCAUUUCUGUUAAGAAUUGUAUCAAAAGUUGGUAGUAGGGAAAUAAGGCACUGUAUCAAAUGGAAGCAUUAGGAGUAUCGUCGAGAAUACCCAUGGGUUCCCACGAUGCAUCUGGAGGAGGGGAGGAUAUAUAAACAUCUAGGGAAAAGACGAAAAUUUAAUACUGUAGCUGUGCUGAAUGUUUAUUAUAUAAAAUAAAGCAUGCAUUCAAAUGAUUGAAUAUUUUGUCCCUCUCUAAUUGAUAUGAUUUAAAGAAAUAUGGAAUUCAUAAUGUUAUAAUGAUACAUGAUCGAUGUACAGCAGAAAAAGGAAUAAUGAUAUUGAAUACUUUAAUUUUGGAACAUAUAUAUAAAUUAGCACUUUGUACUUAAAUCUUUUACUUUAUGGAUUUUUUUUUUCAUACUGCAUCAUCGCAGGUGCCACAUGAACAUGGGUUUUGUAACUUUGCAUUUUGAAAAAAUAUCACAUUUCUUCAUUUCUUUAAUUUACAAAGAUAUCCGUCCAAUGAAAUAUCUCCAUUGUUGUUUUUAUCACAAAUCAGAGAAUAUAUGUACAGUAUUAUACAUAUAACUCAUUAUUGAUUUUAUUACUGUCCAUUAAUGUUUAUUUUUUAUUUGCAUCAUAUGUUGAUUAAUGCCUGAACUAGUCUUAGUAUGACUGUCACCUGCAGUCUGAUUAUGAUUUAAUUAGUACAAUGUAUUUGUUAAUUCUUGUUUACAUGUAUUGUAUAUUUCACACCAGUCCAGCAGGGUUUUGUACUUGUGAACAAAAUCCUGAAAGUCAAUGAAAAUCAUAUGUUCAUCAAGAAAACAGGUUAACAUGCAAGAUGUGAUUUUGAUAUUUAUAGUUGUUUUUUUUUUAUUUAUUUCUUUUUCUUUUUUUAUCAUUAAAAUUCUAAAGAUAAAAAAAUAUUGUUUGAUGUUUAUAAUUUUAUUUUCAUAUACAAGUGUCCAGAAUAGACUCCUCAGAAAAUGGUUAGCAUCACUCGGAUUUGUAAACAUGAAUUUUUGUAUUUUAAUUUUCCUAUACUUAAGAUUUAUCGUACAUUACUAUUACAUUAGCAUCUCCUCAGGCUGUUACAUUAGCAUCUCCUCGGGCUGUUACAUUAGCAUCUCCUUAGGCUGUUACAUUAGCAUCUCCUCAGGCUGUUACAUUAGCAUCUCCUUAAGCUGUUGAUUGAGUGAAAGAUCACGUUAAAAAUGAAAAUUUCCCAAACCAACCAAUUAACUGACUAAGAAUAACUGCCACUCAAUUUUUACAAAAAUUAAAAAUUUUGUAAACAACAGCAGACUAAAAGGCAUACAAUGUAUAUACAUGUAAUCGUUGUGUAUUUGCAUACAUGUACUUUUAACAAUAUCUUUAGUUAGUGCAUAAUACAUAAGCAUGAUAAAUACACAUUGAACAUUAAAUUACCAUAGUUCAAACUCAAGAUGAGAAAAUUGUUUCUUUAUGAAAAUGAUAAAACAGCAGUUUAUGGUACAAUAAGCUUUAAACUUGUAAAUUCUAAAUUACUUCAUGUAGAAAUCAUUAUGAAGUUCCCAAAGCAACAACCAAAACUCUCUAUUGAUGUUGUUUCCAGUGUUGAUUGAGUGAUAGUGUUGUUUAAUUCUGGUGUUGAUUGAGUGAUGUUGUUUAAUUCUGGUGUUGAUUGAGUGAUAAUGUUGUUUAAUUCCGGUGUUGAUUGAGUAAUGCUAAUGGUAUUAAGGUUGAUUCUUUCCCCAUUCAUUGUUAAAAAGUUGAUUCCAUAGACUUGACAUAAAACAAUAUGCAAAUUGAAAGCAAAGAUAUGCCAUUGAUGGCCGGUCCAUGCAUAUGGAUAGCAAAUACUGCAAUAUAACACCAUACCCUUCAUUAUACCGGAUACCUGGUAUCGAGAUCCAUUGGAAAAUAAGAAUAUGCAUUUUGUAGAAAAACAUAGAUUGGCAUAUUGUGAAUUUCUUUAAGAGAAUGAUAAUCAAAAAAAUACUGCAAGGACAUUGGAUGAUAAAUUAUUGAUAUUGUUUGUUACAAUUAUACAUGGAAAAGACCGAGUGGUGCUUAACAUACUUGAGGAGUACACUAUAAUUUUUAUAGUUUUACUAGUUUUGGAUGCAUUUUUAAAAAGUAUUUCAAUGUUACAACUUCAUUUAUAGUGAAAAACAGAUUCAAAGUACAGCUCAAUAUUUGAAAUGGACAACUUGAUUUAAUUUUUGUGAAAUGUUGCUAGAAGAGUUUUAACCAUUAAAAUGCAUUUUACAUCUACUUCUCUUUAACACUCUUGUCAGGUUUCAUUUCAGUGUGUAUUUCUUACUUGUUUAGAUUAAUUGUCCUCUUUGCUAUGGGAUAAUGACCUCUGUGCCCUAGAGGAUGCAGACCAGGAAAGUUUUCUUGAUUAUAUAUAAUUGUUAAUUGUUCAAUUAAUAAGUUCAUUUUUGUUUGUGUUCAAGGAUUAUUUAAAUGCACAUUAUUAUUAAUUUCACAAAAUGUACAUGAAAUAUUGUUGAAAAAAAAAUACACAUCUAUUUUAUCUAUGUACAUUUGUGCAGAAUCCUGUAAACGAAAUCUGUGAUAUAUGUUUUGGAGGCGAUUGUAUUUAUUUCCUGUUGUAACAACAGAAUAUCACGAUGUUGACUGCCCUGUAUUAUGUUGGCGAGUAUUAAAGAUAUCUUGCACAAUUUGAUGUAAUCUGCAUGUACAUGUACAAUGUAUGUUUGUUUUGCAUUGUUAAUAAAUUUUGAAUCAAUAAA